CUGUUCUACAAGAAAUACAACAAUAAACUCAACAAUAAACACAAAUGAUUAAAUGGAACACGAAUUAACUGCUCAACAUAUUGCCGAGCUAUGUUACCAGAAAUUUAACUGUCUACCCAAGGCAGGCAAGCCGACCAACUGUCAAUGGACCGUUCUAGCGGGAAUUGUACAAUAUGACAAACAGUCAACCUGUAGCAAGACUGUUGCUCUUGGAACCGGAACUAAGUGCAUUGGUGCCAGCAAGCUCUGCAAGAGUGGUCUUAUAAUAAACGAUUCUCAUGCUGAAGUGCUGGCACGGCGGGCUUUUUUGCGUUACUUGUACCAUGAGCUGUCGAAGGCCGCGCAGCAUUCAAUGGAUUCGCCUGCGGAUUCCAUCUUUUACUGGCAGCCAACUUCAAGUUGCUUUGUGCUAAAGAAACACUUGGAGUUCCAUUUUCUAUGCACACAAACUCCUUGUGGAGAUGCAUGCAUAGCUGACGAAUCAUUGACAAAUGAGGGCGGACAGCCAGCAAAACGACAAUGCUUGAAUAUAAAGAGCACAGAAUAUAUUUCUGACGCAGUUUAUACUGGCGCCAAAUUGAUUAACAGACAGCCAAUGAGCAGUGAUGAUAUGCAGCAAUCUCCUUCAGAAUUACGCACUAAGCCAGGACGGGGCGAACGCACUUUAUCUAUGUCAUGCAGCGACAAGCUAUCCCGCUGGAAUGUGCUUGGUGUACAAGGUGCAUUGCUGGACUUGUUGAUCGAUAAACCUAUUUACUUCAAUAGCUUAAACUUCUGCUGCAAAGAUGCGCGUUUAGAGUGUAUUGAGCGUGCCAUUUAUCAACGCUGGCAGCACAAGGAGUUCAAAAACACACGUUAUCAGCGACAAAAGCCCCGGAUACGUAUUAACUGCAUGCUGCCAUUUGAGUAUGCGCAGCGUGACGAUUGUCAGCCCUCCCCAAAUGCCACGAUUUGGACCCUGCUGCCGGAUACACUAAAAUCCUAUGAGGUAGCAGUUAAUGGCAAGCGUCAAGGCGUCACUAAGAGCCAACUGCAUACAACUCAAGCUGCUUUAACAGUUAGUAAAUAUCAACUGUUUUUUAACUUUAUAGAUUUGUUGGUUUGCAGCAGUGCACUACGAAAGCGGUUGCAACUAGAAACAUCAGAAUUGGAUAAUUUAACAUAUGCAGCAUGCAAAGCGUUGGCCAAGGACUAUCAGUUAGCCUGGGCGAAAUUGAAAUGUGAAUACUUUGAGCUGUGGACUAAAAAGCCAGACAACUUCUUAAACUUUACUAUUAAAACAAGCUUAAGCUGACCAAUGUACAUGAAAUGAAGGGCUACACCCAUACUAAUAUUAUUAAGUGACAUAAAGCAGUAACAAUUUGUGGAAUUCGUUUUGAAAUUAAUAAUGAUUGAGAUUAGCUUAUGCCACAAAAUCUGACGCAUGAUUAGUAGAACGCAAAACCGCAAAAUGUUUGCUGUUCAAUCAAAUAAUGUUUUAAAUAAAUGUGCUUA